AUGAUUGUUGUUGCGAUAGCAGAUAGGAAUGCUAGAGUAGCGAUUAGGGUGGGAUUUGGUAGUUUCAAGCAUUUAAAACUAUCUGAAUAUCCUGACCUUAAAGAAUUCUGGUAUGGUCGACUUGAGCAUAAAGCAUUUAGGAGUUUGAAGUAUCUAGUGGUUCAUAAAUGUGAUUUUCUGUCUGAUGUGCUCUUUAAACCUAACUUGGUAGAAGUGCUGAUGAACCUGAAAGAAUUAUAUGUGGAGGAUUGUGAUUCAUCAGAAGCAGUUUUUGAUUUGAACGAUGAAUUUGCCAAAGAAAUUGUUGUGCAGAAUUCUAGUCAACUGAAGAAAUUAAAACUAUCUAAUCUUUCAAAACUGAGGCAUGUAUGGAAGGAGGAUCCACAUAACACUAUGAGGUUUCAAAAUUUAAGUGAUGUAUCUGUUGUGGGAUGCAAUAGCUUGAUAAGCCUCUUUCCGUUCUCAGUGGCUAGCGAUAUGAUGCAACUUCAAAGUCUUCAAGUAAGUCAGUGUGGGAUUCAAGAAAUUGUGGCCAAGGAAGAAGGAACAUAUGAGAUGGUUAAAUUUGUGUUUCCUCAUUUGACUUCCAUUAACCUUGAGUACUUGACCAAACUUAAGGCAUUCUUUGUUGGGGUUCAUUCUCUUCAAUGUAAAUCAUUGAAAACGAUCAAGUUGUUCGCAUGUCCAACAAUAGAGCUAUUUAAGGCAGAGCCUUUGAGACACCAAGAAAGUUCCAAAAAUGAUGUGCUUAAUAUCUCAACAUAUCAACCUCUUUUUGUGAUUGAAGAGGUACUUGCUAAAUUGGAGAAUUUGCAUUUGAACAAAAAAGAUUUUGGCAUGAUAUUGCAGAGCCAACAUUCAGGGGUUCAAUUCAACAACAUCAAACACCUUGCCGUGUGUGAGUUCUACAAUGAAGAAGCAACUUUUCCAUAUUGGUUCUUGAAAAAUGUUCCUAAUUUAGAAAGAUUGUUGGUCCAAUGGAGUUCCUUCACGGAGUUAUUCCAAGGCGAACAAAUCAUAAGAACGGAAAAGGAACCUGAAAUCAUCCCGCGACUUAGAGUCAAAUAUUUGACAUUAUGGCACCUGACCAAGCUUCAAUGUAUAUGCAAAGAAGGAUUUCAGAUCGACCCAGUUCUACAAUUACUUGAAACCAUUUGUGUGUCUCAAUGUUCCAGUAUGAUAAAGUUGGUUCCAUCCUCAGUCACCUUUAGUUACAUGACCUAUUUGAAGGUAACAUACUGCAAUGGGUUGAUCAAUUUAAUAUCACAUUCAACAGCGAAGAGUCUUGUCAAACUCACAACAAUGAAGAUUAAAAUGUGUAAUUGGCUUGAGGAUAUAGUGAACGGUAAAGAAGAUAAGAUAAACGAGAUAUCAUUUUGCAGUUUACAAUAUCUAGAACUAAUUUCUUUACAGAGGCUCUGCCAAUUUUGCUCAUGCCCAUGCCCCAUCAUGUUUCCGUUGCUGGAAGUUGUAGUUGUCAAAGAAUGUCCUCGAAUGGAACUUUUUUCAUUGGGAUUUACCAAAACAACAAAUCUUCAAAAUGUACAAACUGAUGAAGGAAAUCAUUGGGAGGGUGACCUCAACAGAACCAUAAAGAAAAUGUUUUGUGAUAAGGUUGCAUUUGGUGAAUUCGUGUACUUAGCCUUUUCUGACUAUCCUGAGCUAAAGGAUGUGUGGUAUGGCCAACUUCAUUGCAAUGUGUUCUGCAACUUGAAACAUCUUGUCGUGGAAAGGUGUGAUUUUUUAUCACAUCAUAUAUGGAAUGAGGAUCCUCAUGAAAUUAUCGGCAUUGGAAACUUACACAAGGUGGAUGUUUCUCUGUGUCAAAGCUUGUUAUAUGUCUUUCCAUAUACACUAUGCCCAGAUCUUGGACAUCUUGAAAUGCUUGAGAUAAGUUCUUGUGGAGUCAAGGAAAUUGUUGCAAUGGAAGAAACUGGAUCAAUGGAAAUUAAUUUUAAUUUUCCCCAAUUGGAAGUUAUAAGACUCUAUUAUUUGACAAAUCUUAAGAGUUUCUAUCAAGGAAAUCAUACUUUAGAUUUCCCUUUAUUGAAGACUUUGAGUGUAUAUCGUUGUGAAGCAUUAAGAAUGUUUUCUUUCAACAAUUCAGACUUGCAAGUUGAUGAAAACCAGGACGUGCUAUUCCAACAACCCCUGUUUUGUAUUGAAAAGUUGAGCCCCAACCUGGAGGAAUUGGCAAUAAAUGGCACAAAUAUGUUGGUGAUAUUGAAUGGUUAUUGUCAAGAAAAUAUCUUUCUUAAAGUUAAACUUCUUCGCUUACAAUGCUUCGAUGAAAUUCCAACUAUUCUUCUGGAUGAUUUCCAUACAAUUUUUCCUAAUGUUGAAACAUUUAAAGUGUGUAAUAGUUCUUUUGAAACAUUGUUCCCCACUAAAGGAGCCACAAGUUAUCUCAGUAUGCAAACGUCAAAUCAAAUAAGAAAGUUGUGGCUUUUUGAAUUGGACAAGCUCAAGCACGUCUGGCAGGAAGACUUUCCAUUGGAUCAUUCUCUGUUACAAUAUCUUGAAGAGUUACGUGUAGUGAAUUGUCCAAGUUUGAUAAGCUUGGUACCAUCAUCGACAUCUUUCACAAAUUUAACCUAUUUAAAAGUGGACAACUGCGAAGAGUUGAUCUAUUUGAUAAAAAUUUCAACAGCUAAAAGUCUAGUUCAACUCAAAGCAUUAAACAUAACUAAUUGUGAGAAGAUGUUGGAUGUCGUGAAGAUUGACGAUGAUAAAGCAGAGGAAAACAUCGUAUUUGAAAACUUGGAAUACUUGGAAUUUACUUCGUUGUCAAAUUUGAGAAGCUUCUGCUAUGGGAAACAAACAUUCAUAUUCCCAUCUUUGCUUCGUUUCAUCUUUAAAGGAUGCCCUCAAAUGAAGAUCUUCUCAUCUGCACUCAUAGUAGCACCAUGUGUAAUGCCCUAG